UAGGUUUUGCGUCUCAGGCAAAAACAAAAAAGAUGAAGACACCUUCAAGUUUUUCUUUCGGAGAUAGAGAAAUCAUGAAUGGCAACUUCGAUGAUGAUGGUAGAAUCAAAAGAACAGGAACAUUGCUUACUGCAAGUGCACAUGUCAUGGCGGUGGUGAUAGGGUCCGGAGUUUUGUCCUUAGCUUGGUGUUUGGCUCAGUUAGGUUGGAUUCUUGGAGUUCUUUUACUUGCAGCAUUUGCUGUCAUCACUUGGUACACCUGCAUUUUGCUUUCGGACUGCUACAGGUCUCCUGAUCCUGCUACUGGCACCCGAAACUAUAACUACAUGCAAGCUGUUAAAGUUAAUCUUGGAGGGUUUAAGUACAAACUAUGUGGAAUAUCUCAAUAUGUGACUCAAGUUGGUACGACCAUCGGGUACAUCAUUACUUCGGCGAUCAGUAUGGCGGCGGUUAAAAGAUCAAACUGUUUUCAUAAGUACGGGCACAAACACGGUUGUCAUAUGUUGAACAAUACAUAUGUGUUGAUCUUUGGGUGUAUGGAGAUCGUUUUGAGCCAAAUUCCAAACUUCCACGAGCUCGAGCUCGUUUCCAUUGUUGCCACCAUCAUGUCUUUUGCUUAUGCUGGCAUUGGCAUUGUUCUCUCUAUUGUAACAAUUGCAGGAGGUACAUCAUCGAAAACAAGUCUUAAACCAAACAUGACUAGCAUGGAGAACAUGUGGAAUGCUUUCUCUGCACUUGGAGAUAUUGCUUUUGCGUAUUCUUUCAGUUUUGUCCUCCUUGAAAUACAGGACACACUCAAACAAACUCCUCCUGAAAACAAAGUAAUGAAAAGGUCUUGCACAGUAGGAAUUGGAGCAGCCUCCUUGUUGUACAUGUUAUGUGCGGUACUUGGAUACAUAGCAUUCGGGAAUGAUUCACCUGGGAACUAUUUGACAGGGUUCGGUUUCUAUGAACCAUUUUGGCUCGUCGACAUUGGUAACAUUUGUGUUGUUAUUCAUCUUCUUGGAGCAUUCCAGGCAAUCAUCCAACCAUUUUUUGCGGCUGUGGAGAAUUGGAGUCGGGAAAAGUGGCCAGGAAGCAAAUUCAUAGAAAGAGAAUAUAUAAUUGGAAAAUUCAGUAUUAAUAUGUUUCGGUUGACAUGGAGGACGAUUUAUGUUAUCAUAGCAACAAUAAUGGCCAUGAUGUUUCCGUUUUUUAACAGUUUUAUGGGACUUAUUGGUGCAGCAACAUAUUGGCCUUUGGCGAUUUAUUUCCCAGUAGAAAUGUAUAUAUCACGGGCAAAGAUUCAAACGGGCUCCUUCAAAUGGAUCUGGUUAAAGCUUUUGACCUUGAUAUGCUUAAUUGUAGCACUUAUGGCUGCAGCUGCAUCUAUUCGAGGCCUUGCUGUCUCUGUUUCUAGUUUUGAGCUCUUUCAUUCAAUGUCCUAGAUUCGUGGAAACUAGUAUGGGCUGCUACAAACUUAUUUAUAGUUCCUUGUUUCUGUUAUUUAAGCUUCUUAUUGUUUGAUUUCUAGAAAACCAA